GGAGAGGCGCUUUGUCAUUCAGUUGUUGCCCUGGGUCAGAUUUUCCCGCCCGCCGCCCAAACCUUUUGUUUUACGAAAAGGCAGCACUUGUGUGUAGUUACCAAAAAUCUUAACUGAGUUCAACCUAGAAAGGGAAAUAAGGCCGACUGGUUCCGAAUUUUUCUGACACUCGGCCUGGAAGUGCUCUGCUUUUGCUUUUUUAAAGAGAUUUGAAGAAGCCAAAGCAACCGCGACUAUAAGAAACUUAGUUUUAAAUUAAAUAUAUGGUACUGCCGUUUAGCUGAGAUCCUUCCCCAGGGCUCUUUUAUUCUCCUGUUAAAUGUGGGAGCCGGACCGUGAUCUCCAAGGCGCCUUUCAGAUCUCCGAUCUCUGACCUACAGCCAACUGGUGCAUCCCAAGAGUGAGUGUCCUAGGCAACAAAGGAAGAAGCUGCAGAUCUAAGGCCACACAAGUUACACAGAACCACUUCUGCUGCACUUUUCUAUCUAAAAUAUAUCAGAGAACCAGCCAAAAUACAAGGGAAAGAGUAAAAGAUUCUGCCUCUUUUAGGACAGUGUCAAAGUCACAUCAAUGGAAAGAAUUUACUGCACACGGUAUCUAAGGAGAAUAGAAAAAAGCAGAAGAGAAAAUACUCAUAUGGGAGACACAAAAAGAAUUGAUGAGUAGUAACCGAAAAGAAAGGAAAUCCAAGAUGCUCUCAGUUUAAGCAGAGCAUUUAUUGGAAUUUUCAAGCAAGUCACAGUCAAAUGUGGAGGUUAUUCAAGAAAACUGGGAUCAAACAAAAAGUAUUCCCUGUAGAGAAGAAAGGAAACUCCUAGAAAGCUGAAGGAAGGCUAAAGAACGACAACCAAGACCAUUGUCUGAGGUCCGUCCACUCCAUUGCCUCACAUGUGGUCAGCGAUAAACCCCUCAUUGGCCCCUGCUACCACCCUUGGCUUCCUCACAGAACGGAAAUCUGGAAGGAAGAUUGUGUCACUGGUCCACAUCCAUCACUGAUGGCCCAUUUCACAGGUCUGAAGAAAGCACAGGCUUUUCCCAUAAGAAGGUAAAAAAUAUUUUUAAAGACUACAUAGACUGCUACAAUCACAAAGCAAAUCCUUGGAUAUCCCCCAAGAGCUUUUCUGAGGCCAGCUACUCCAGGUGUGGCCCAAGGACCAGCAGCCUCAGUAUCAUCUGGGAGGUGGCCUCACCUUGCAGAAUGUUGGUCUCACCUUGACCUACAGAGUCGGAAUUGAAUUUGAACAGCCCAACCAGGCCUCCCUCUUUCAAGCGCCUUUUGUCCUAUUUCCCCUCUUCCUUCUGAGAAGAUCUACAAUGAAUAAGGAGUAAUUUCUUGCCCAACCAUGAUUCAAAAGGAAGUUCAGCCACAGAACAGCCUGAAGUUUGUGACUCUCCUGGUGGCCCUAGUUCCUGAGCUCCUAUUCCUGGGAGCUGGAGUGCAGUUUCAAGACAAUGGGUAUGACGGAUUACUCAUUGCAAUCAAUCCUCAGGUAUCUGAAGAUCAGAACCUCAUCCCAAACAUUAAGGACAUGAUAACUGAAGCUUCUUUUUAUCUAUUCAAUGCUACCAAGAGAAGAGUGUUUUUCAGAAAGAUAAAGAUUUUAAUACCCACCACGUGGAAAGCUAAUAAUUACAGCAAAGUAAAACAAGAAUUAUAUGAAAAGGCAAAUGUCAUCGUGACUGACUGGUAUGGGGCACAUGGAGAUGACCCCUACACACUGCAAUACAGAGGGUGUGGAAAAGAGGGAAAAUACAUUCAUUUCACAUCUAACUUUCUACUAAACGAUGACUUAACAGCUGGCUAUGGACCACGAGGUAGGGUGUUUGUCCACGAAUGGGCCCAUCUCCAUUGGGGUGUGUUUGAUGAAUACAACAAUGAGAAACCUUUCUAUAUAAAUGGGCAAAAUCAAAUUAAAGUAACAAGGUGUUCAUCAGACAUCACAGGCAUUUUUGUGUGUGAAAAAGGCCCUUGCCCCCAAGAAAACUGUAUUAUUAGUAAACUUUUUAAAGAAGGAUGUAUGUUUAUAUACAAUAGCACCCAAAAUGCAACUGCAUCGAUAAUGUUCAUGCAAAGUUUAUCUUCUGUGGUUGAAUUCUGUGAUGCACGUACCCACAAUCAAGAAGCUCCAAACCUACAGAACCAAAUGUGCAGCCUCAGAAGUGCAUGGGAUGUAAUCACAGACUCUGCUGACUUCAAUCAUAGCUUUCCCAUGAAUGGGACUGGGCUUCCACCUCCUCCUGUAUUCUCCCUUAUUCAGGCUGGUGACAAAGUGGUCUGUUUAGUGCUGGAUGUGUCCAGUAAAAUGGAAGAGGCUGACAGACUCCUUCGACUGCAACAGGCAGCAGAAUUUUACUUGAUGCAGAUUGUUGAAAUUCAUACCUUUGUGGGCAUUGUCAGUUUCAACAGCAAAGGGGAGAUCAGAGCCCAACUACACCAAAUUAACAGUGAUGAUGACCGAAAGCUGUUGGUUUCACAUCUGCCUUCGACUGUGUCAGCAGAAGCACAAACCAGCGUCUGCUCAGGGCUUAAGAAGGGAUUUGAGGUGGUUGAAAAACUGAAUGGAAAAGCCCAUGGCUCUGUGAUGAUAUUAGUGACCAGUGGAGGUGAUGAGCACAUUGGCAAUUGCUUACUUACUGUGCUCAGCAGUGGUUCAACCAUUCAUUCCAUUGCCCUGGGCUCAUCUGUGGUCGAAAACCUGGAGGAAUUAUCACAUCAUACAGGAGGUGUAAAGUUCUUUGUUCCAGAUAAAUCAAACUCCAAUAGCAUGAUUGAUGCUUUCAGUAGAAUCCCCUCUGGAACCGGAGACAUUUUUCAACAACGUAUUCAGCUUGAAAGUACGGGUGAAAAUGUUAAACCUCACCAUCAACUGAAAAACACCGUGACUGUGGAUAACAGUGUGGGCAAUGACACUACCUUUCUUGUCACAUGGCAGACCAGUGGUCCCCCUGAAAUUUCAUUAGUUGAUCCUAAUGGAAGAAAAUACUACACAAGUGAUUUUAUCACUAACCCAGCUCUGCGGACUGCUCGCCUCUGCAUUCCUGGAACUGCUGAGCCUGGGCUCUGGACCUACACACUGAACAAUACCCACCAUUCUCUUCAAGCCUUGAAGGCGACGGUGACCUCUCGCGCCUCCAGCUCAGCCAUGCCCCCUGCCACUGUGGAAGUCUUUGUGGAAAGAGACAGCCCCCAGUUUCCCCACCCUGUGAUGAUUUACGCAAAUGUAAGAAAGGGGAUUUAUCCCAUUCUUAAUGCCACUGUAACGGCUACAAUUGAGCCAGAGACUGCAGAUCCUGUUGUGCUGAAACUUUUUGACGAUGGAGCAGGUGCUGAUAUUAUAAAAAAUGAUGGAAUUUACUCGAGGUACUUUUUCUCCUUUGCUGUAAAUGGUAGCUACAGCUUGAAAGUGCAUGUCAGUUACUCCUCCAGCAAAAGUGGCCUAGCCCACUCUGUUCCCGGGAAUCGUGCUAUGUACGUACCAGGUUACAUAGCAAAUGGUAACAUUCAGAUGAAUGCCCCAAGAAAAUCAGUGGGCAGGCAUGAGGAGGAGCAAAAGUGGGGCUUUAGCCGAGUAAGUUCAGGGGGCUCCUUUUCCGUGCUAGGAGUUCCGGCUGACCCCCAUCCUGACGUGUUUCCACCAUGCAAAAUUAUUGACCUGGAAGCUGUAAAAGUGGAAGAGGAGGUGACUUUAUCAUGGACAGCACCUGGAGAAGACUAUGAUCAGGGCCAGGCUAACAGCUAUGAAAUAAGAAUGAGUCAAAGCUUACAGAAAAUUCAAGAUGACUUUAACAAUGCCAUUCUAGUGAAUAUAUCAAAGCUACUAAGUCCUCAGCAAGCUGGCACCAAGGAGAUAUUUACAUUCUCACCAAAGCUUUUCACAAAUGGACCUGACCAUCAACCUGAUGGAGAGACACAAGAAAGCCACAGAAUUUAUGUGGCAAUACGAGCAAUAGAUAAGAACUCCUUAAAGUCUGCUGUAUCUAACAUUGCCCAGGUAUCUCUGUUUAUUCCCCCAAAUUCUGCUCCUGUACUUGCCAGAGACCAUCUUAUAUUGAAAGGAGUUUUGACAGCAGUGAGUUCAAUAGGAAUCAUUUGCCUCACUAUAGCUGUAACACAUUAUAUUUUAAACAGGAAAAAGAGAGCAGACAAGAAAGAGAAUGGAACAAAAUUAAUAUAAACAAAUGUAUAGAGUGCCUUCCUUCUUAGAUAUAAGAUCCAUGGCCUUUGCACUUUAUAAAAACAUACCAAUAAAGUCAAAUUGACAUCAGAACUAUUAAAAAUGCUUUGAGUUUUUGUAUAAUACAGGUCAGAUUUUUAUAUGCUAAACAGACACCAAAAAAUAUUUUAUAACACUCAUUUUUGAAGGAAAUUAGGAAACCCUUAAGCUUUGGCUAUGGACAAAAUAAUAAAAAUUAGUCACCAAGGUAAUGUCUUUAAAAGCAAAGGCAAGGGCAAAGUUGAACUAAAGAAUCAAGAAAAGCUUGUUUUAUUGUAGAGGAAAAAUAGCCCCAAGUAGAGAAAAGGAGUUUGGUAUAACUGUCUAUAUGAAGCAAUUGUUCAGUUACUUUGAUUAAUUUUUCAUUCCUUAUCUUUUCAGAACAGGUUGCUUAUUUAUGACUAAAGAUCAUGCUGCAUUUUAUAUAUGAAGCCCCUGUUGUAAAGUUCUUCACUUCUUGCCAUUUGGUUAACUAUACUAAGAUCAAAUCCCACUGCUAAUGCUCAGAUAUAUCUUUGUUCACUGUAAGAGUUAACAUUAACAUGUGGAUAUUAUCCUUGUCCCCUGACAGAGAUUUGAUAACAGAGGUCUAUUGAAUUUAUUGCGUAUAAGUUUCUAUUCUCAUCAAAGCAGCUUUCCAAGUUAUUGCCUUGGGUGUUAUUUAAUAAAAAAAAAUGGUUAUAGCUCUCAUAAGGCUUUAAGUAAAGAAGGAGACAUAGUUCUGAGCUUAUUUUAACACAUACAUGGUCUACAC